UGGUGGAAUUUUUUUGUUGUAUGUUUGUGGGGGUCCAUGGCUGGCUGCCCCAAAGCAGAACCAGGCAUGUUCUGCGCAGAGGACACCGGUCGGCUCGACGGCAAAGUGUUAGCUGACGAUUGCGAUGUGGAGAAAAUGCAGGCGACCUCCACUAAGUUUUCAGAGGGUGGCAGUGAGGUGUUGAAACGCUCUGUCGGUGAGCGUAUUUUAGACAUUCUCAUAGAAAUGAAGAAAACCAAAGAGAAAAAAGAAACGUUCUGCUGGGAACUCCAGCUGCUUAACGUGGGAUGUCAAGAAACACUGCAUGAAAAUAACGUGGCAAUUGUCACCAAUGCCUCCGUACGCAAGUGUUCACAUACAACCGUAAAGAAGAAGACACAAGUGGAAGUAGGAAUGCGGCAAUUACUGAAGGCAGCUAGACAGAGCUGGGCCAGACUGAUGACACAAGGCGUGCAAAGCCUACUGGCCUGUCCACAGGCAGUUCAAAUGCAAGGGGUCCGAACUGAAACGUGGAGCUGCGUCUCCCCCUCUGACAUCCUCCUCCUCAUUGAAGUCAAAUACGACGUGGUGACUCAUUUGCUUUUUGAUGACAUGCUGCGGGAACACCAUGGUGCACACGUGUGGAAGACUCUGAGGCCAUGGCAACGACACAAUGAAACACUUUGGCUUGAGGAGCUCGUGGAGGAUGCUUUGGCAUCUGACGACAUGAUCGCUUUGGCCGACCUACCGGGAGCGUUUUUGAUAUACAGAAACGAGUGCUUCACUGCAGUUUCCCUCUUGUAUAAAUUAAACACAUGCCGUCAACAAGAGAAGGAAGCUCUGUCUGCUUUAGUUGAGAGGUUGGACAAGAAGAACCUGAGGCUGAUUUGUUUGUACAUUCAAUCAGCAACGCUCAGGGCUCAAAGAGAAACCACGGUCUACAAUGCCUUUAUGGCAGUCUGGCAAUCCUGGGACACAUGGCCGCAUGUUCGGAGUCCAUGCCGAGAAGAGUUUGCAGUUGCGUUGCUAAGCAGUGACGAGGAUGCUCAAGAGCAAGUGAUGGAACUCAACUCACUAUCUGCACAGCAGACAUUACUCCAGUUGUUGCUGCUGACUCAGCAACAGGAGAGAAAGCAGCUAGUUCAUCUGUUACGUGGAGUCACUCUGGAGGAAGUACAAACUCUAACAACUGCACACGCAUCGAAAACAAGUUGUAUAAAGAAGCUGCAACAAAUCUGUGAGAAUCAAGCCCAGCAUAGCACGAUCGGACCCCCAAUUAAUUGGUCGCAGGACCAGCUGGAACGAGCCGCCUCGGCCCUUGUGGUGCAUCUCCUGGAAAUCCACGACAGGGAAACAUCUUCCGUUCUACCAGCACUGUUGGACGAGAAUGAACAUCUCCACACGCUAAGACAAGAAUACCAGUCCAAAUUCCAAACACAGAAGCUGAACAUCAACCUUAUCCAAGUCCUUGAUCCCGAUGGCCCCUCCACGAAUUCAAACUCUGAUUUAAGCAGCAAGGAGCAAGUCGCACAUCAGACGAGUUGUAGCGGAUCUGUACUGGUGCAGAAGUCUGCUGCCGGAUUAUGUGACUCUUCGACCAGCGCACCACUUGAGGUUGUCCAAACUGGAGAUCUUCCUGACAAGCAGGGCGUCUGCGCAGGCUGUGGUGUGACACUGGGGGGUGUCCCCUACCUGGAGAUCUUGUGCGCGCCAGAUGAAAUGACCAAAGCUGAUGGAGAAGUUGAGAAACAGGACAGUGAGACAAAGCAGCUCAAUAGCGAGGAGCAGGACUCGCUGAUUGCACUGGCUUGGAGCACACAGCUUGAGGCCAAGACAGGUCACCAGGGGGUUGAGACCGCACAUGUUGUUAAUGUCCAUAUGCAGCCAAGUGAAGGUGGCAUAGUCGAACACACGGGCAGAGAGUCAAAGGGGGAACCAGAGAAAGCAAAUGUCCUGCACGCAGCACAGCAAGCCUUGGUUGACUCUGUGGACAUGAAGACGAGCGACAAGGACAGGGAUAUGGUGAAGGACCUUGGACCUCCUGCUCAGCCUACAGUCCACAGCAGUGUAAGCAAGAGAGAGGCGGGCAUGGAGUGUGUUCGAGCAAGAGAACCCCUGUCAGCAAUUGAGAGAGAGAAGACCAUGAGAAAGCUGGUGGAUGUUCAUCGUCGAGUUGAGAGGAGGCAGCGUUGGGACAGAGAGAGACAGCAGCUGAGGGUUCAAGAACGUCUGUCCAUCAUCCAGAGCAGGAAGGCCGACGAGGAUAUAUUUGGGCCCAAGCACAGAGACAGGAUAAGACGCAUCAGUAGAGAGCGAGAAGAAAACAAGAAUCAACAGAAGACACUGGUCAGAGAGCAACUGGAGCAGCUCCGACGGGAACGCUCUUUUAUCAUGCAGUCCAGAAGAAACAGAAACACUGCAGGCUUCAGGGAACUCUUGAUACCAGUCAAUCUCCGGAGUGGAAGAACAGAAGAGGACCAAGAAAAUGGCUCACAAUGAGUUUUGAGCUAAAGGCAGGCUGAAUUACUACUUCUACUAACAUUAAAAGCUUCGCAUGUCAAAAAUGGAGAACUUGCAGUUUGUUUAUUAUACAAUUAUCUGGACAAACAUAAGCAGUAACAGUUAUAUCACUAAACCAAUGAUAACCCUUUGUGGUCUGUGAAC